GAUCCCAGCACCCCCAAAAACCUUGUUCUCCUCCUUGACCUUGCGCUCGACAAAGAACUGGAACCUCCAAGUCGACCGCCAACAUAGCAGUGGCUGGCAGCGGCAUGAUGGCGUGCAUGGGCAGGAGAGAUGCCAGGACAGGCGACAGGACAGAAAGCUCUUGGAAAGCCACCGUCUGGAACAUGAUGCCAUUUUGUAAGGCUGCCCAGUCCCAGGCCCGCAAUGUGAGAUGGCGGUGUGUGGGUGGCCUCGCAUUGCCUAUUUCUCCAUGCUGCCUUGCCAAGUCGCUUUUGCGCUCUUGAUGGGGCUGAUGGGAAGCUGUGUGAGCUACCACGGGCGCAGAUUGUGCGUGGGCGGUUCAGGUCUAUCCAUCGGGUGGGUCGUGCACUCACGUGCCCUGGGCCCCACCUCAUACAGAAGCCAAGAUGUCGGCUGUGGCCUAACAGGGAUUCGUAUUUGGUGGGGAUGGUGGCCCCCCUUUCGGCGGCUUCAGGCCAAAUACAGCGUGUUGUCAACGGGUAUUCAGUCCCGAAUGAGCCCCGUGGGGAUGUUUACGCGGGCCUGACAGAGCUGUUGGUUGUUCCAACAUCGCCAUGCCCCUAUCUCUCAUUUCACGUGUGGAUAGAAACCAUGGCAAAGCAUUACGACAUUAGUGCGGGCGACGCUUUUAGCCAGCCUGCGAAGUGUAACUGCAUUAGGCAGGUUCGUGCGCCAAGGGAGCCCCACCACCCCCUUCUCCCCAACAUCCAUUUCGUCACGCUUCCAACCAAAAACAUUUGCUGUGGUAAACCCAUUCACCCCUUCUCUCGAGGCACGUCCGCCAGCAAGCAUGGACAAGUCGGAUGACGAGGCUUCGCCCCAGGCGAAUGCUGCCGGACUUACCUUGGCGCCUUACUUUGCGGACCCAGACCAACUUCCGGCGCCGUUGCCUACCGAGGGCGAAAUCGUGAGCUCCACCGACGUUCUCAAGACCGGAUUUGGUCGUCACAUCGUUCGUGUCGGCCAACACUUCGUCGUCAAAUAUGGACCAGGUGUGAGCUUGACCGAGGGAGAGAAUAUGCUCUUCGUGCGGGAAGCAUGCGGUAUCCCCACACCGCACGUCUACGCCCUCUACACAAAGACGCAACCGAAUGGACGAAAACGCGCUUUCAUCGUAAUGGAGUACAUUGACGGCGAACCUUUGAUCUCGCGUUGGGACACCAUGAGCAGAGAAGCCAAGUCAGACAUGAGCCGACGAAUGCGAUCGAUGCUGGACAAGAUGAGGAGUAUCCCCUCGCCGGGAUAUUACGGCUGCAUCGGGCGGCGGCCCUUGGAAGACGGCAUGUUCUGGACGAGCCCCAACGAGGACCGAUCAAAGCUAGCCAUCGACGGGCCUAUUAACGGGCCUUUCGACACCGAGCAGCAGCUCAACCGCGCCAUGAUCAACAAGUACCUCCUAAUUGGCACCAUGCCGAACAAGGCCAAGUUCUACAGCCGUGUCGUCCCUCGCGUCCUUGUCAACCAUGUACCCGUCUUCACCCACGGUGAUUUGCAGGGAAAGAAUAUCCUGCUCCGCAGCGAUGGCUCGUUGGUUUUGAUCGACUGGGAAGCAGCUGGGUGGUAUCCGAGCUAUUGGGAAUACACUCUUGCCAUGACUGCCUGCGGGCGCUGGGAAAGUGAUUGGCACGAAUUUGUCGCCGAUAUGCUUGAGGAGGAAUAUCCAACCGAGUACCUAUGGUUCGAAAUGCUUCUGAGGGAACUGUGGUCUUGAAGUUUUUGAAAUAUCCUAGCUAGACUACUUAGUGUCCUGGGCGUGACAGACGACAAUGAAACAUCCAGCCCAAGUACUGGCCACUCUUGUAUUUGUCUCUGUGCGCCGUGGCUCAACGCCAUGGCCAUUAUAGCCCUCCAACUUAGAACAAGUGCCAGCUUACUAAAGCCCCGCUUCAAAAGUCUGAGUGCAAACGCGGUUUCCCACCAAACCUUACAAUUUUCGAAUGCAAAUAAAUGAAUAAAAUAAAAUUAUAAAAAUAAUCGAAAAAGUAAAAUUCC